CUAGUUUCAUUGACCUCGCCUUCAUUCGUUCAUCAUUAUACAUACAGAGAGGGAGACUGAUCUUGUUUUCAUUCAAUCCGGAGAUCGGCAGUCGGAGCUCGGCGGCGAUCGACUUUCUAACAAAGCCCACUCUGCGCGACUUGGUAAACUCUUCUAACCUAUAAUGGCUGAUGAGGAACCUGUUGAUCAGAAGAAGUACCUGGAAGAAUCUUGCAAACCGAAGUGUGUGAAACCCUUGCUCGAAUAUGAGGCAUGUGUGAAGAGAAUCCAAGGCGAUGAUCACAAGCACUGCACGGGGCAGUACUUUGAUUACUGGUUUUGUGUCGACAAAUGUGUCGCACCAAAGCUAUUCCCGAAACUCAAGUGAGGAAGAUUUGAGACGAGUUGCUGAUAUCUUCAGUGUAUUUUUAUUUUCUUCCCUUUCGGAACUACAGGUGUAAUAAGGUUUUAGAAUUUUUUUUUGGUGAUUCGUACUUCCGAACUAAUUCGGAUGCCCGUUGAGGUUUUGCUCUUGAUUUGUCUCGGGAACUUUGUUUUAGUUAUGACAGAAUAAUAAGAAGUUGAAGAAACUGUUUUAUCCUGGUCAAGAGCUAUGAGUUUUUCUUGAGCCAGUUGACCUCUAACUUAGAGAUGUAUCAGUCUCACUCGACUCUCGAGUCUCGACUCAGGUGAGGUGUGGUUUUACUUAUCAGCUCUAGUGACAAAAUCUUCCCUUGUUUGCUGUUGCUUUCUUUGGCGCAUUUCUCGGCCUCCUCCAUUAAAAUGUCAUGUAAUGAUUCAUCCAUUUGUUAAGUUCUCUUGAAAGUGAAGAUCGUAGGAA